UUAAACUGAGACUGAGACAUUAAUCAAUUUAGUCUAAAAAUGUGCGGCCUUCGCGAGAAAGUUUGUGAGUGUUGAUCAGUGGAACGUUGGUCAGUUGGUUUUUAGAUUCUGAUGUGAUAUGUGAAAGAUUGAGUUUCUUAUGAAAUGGAGUUGUUCCUCUUUCUGUAUAUUUUAUUUGUUAUUGCCAGUGGCAUUUACUUCUUCCUGACAUGGAACUACAAACAUUGGGAAAAACGAGGAGUACCGUUUCCUGAACCUGGUAUCUUUGUUGGAAAUGUACCUGGUGCAGUGACUCAAAAACAUCAUCUUCUCUACGAUUUGGAUAAGAUCUAUAAUCAAUUUAAGGACAAGUAUUCCUUGGUUGGUUACUUCAACAUGCGUCAACCGCAGUACAUGGUGACCGAUGCAAGCGUAGCUAAGGAUGUCCUUGUAAAUAAAUUCAAGAACUUCCAUGAUAAUGAAUUUGCUGAUAUGACGGAUAAGAAAGUAGAUCCUAUUUUCGGGAGAAAUCCGUUCUUACUUAAAGGUCAGGAGUGGAAAGAUAAAAGAGCUGAGAUAACACCGGCCUUCACUCAGCUCAGAAUUAAAGCCAUGUAUCCAGUCAUUGAAGACGUAUGCGAACGUAUGAAGAAGUACAUUAUAAAGGAGAAUAAGCAAGCAAUCGAGUGCAGAGAAAUGUCUGCAAAAUUCACAACGGACGUAGUCUCGAGUUGCAUUUUUGGCGUAGAUGCUGGAUCAUUUGCCGGAGGAAAUGCUCCAAUUCGAGAGAUGGGAAAACGAAUCCUAAAUUUUUCUCCAAGAUUGAUGUUAUACUUUCUUCUAGUUCAACUCGUACCAGCUUUCAAGAAAUUCUUUAAAAUAUCUUUGGUUGAGAAGGUUGUAGAAACUUUCUUCGUCGGUAUCAUGAAGGAUGCUAUUGAUUUGAGGAAAAACAACAAGAUUGACCGGACAGACUACCUUCACUACCUCCUUGAACUUCAAGAAAGAAAGAAACUUACUGAACUCGAUAUGGUUGCUCAUGCAAUAACUUUCUUCUUGGAUGGAUUUGAAACUUCAAGCAUUGUCUUGUCCUUUACCCUCUACGAAUUAGCCAAAAACAAGGAUGUUCAAGACAAACUAAGAAGUGAAAUUAGAGAAACGAUCAAAAAGCACGGAGAAAUUACUUUCGAUGUCGUUCAUGAAAUGCCAUAUCUUGAACAAGUAGUUGCAGAAUCCCUUCGCCUGCAUCCUCCGGCUUUUUUCAUGAGCAAAACCUGCACAGAAUCCUGCGAGUUACCAGUUAGAGGAACCAAAUUGGAGACCAUAGAAGAAGGAUACUACGUUGUAAUUCCCAUCUACAGUAUUCAUCGGGAUUCAAGGUACUAUGAAGACCCAGAUACUUUCAACCCAGAGAGAUUUGCACCAGAAAAGGGCGGAACGAAAAUUUACAAGGAGAAGGGUUGUUACAUCCCCUUCAGUGAUGGUCCAAGGAUAUGCCUGGGAAUGAGAUUUGCUCAAACACAACUAAAGCUUGCUAUCGUAUCCCUAGUGAAGAGCUUUGAAAUCACAGUGGAUGAGAAAACGCCCAAGGAAAUUAUUCUCAACCCAAAAGACAUUAUCCCAACUAUCCUAGGAGGUGUUUGGUUGCAAUUUAAUGAGAUCAAAGCAAAAUAAACUUGACUAAAAACAUUGUGAUGUACUGGUAUUGCUAUAUGAAUAUAUCGAACUUCAAGUUAAAA